CUUCUCUCCAUCUUUCUCAAUCAUCAUCUAAUUCUCAGAUUCCCUUUCUUUCUCUCUCUCUUUUUUGCUCUUCUUCUUCAAGCCAGACUCUGAUAAAAAUCAAACCUUUUUCUCGUUUCCUCUUUUCAAAUUUUCUCACUUUGUAAUAAGUUUGUUUUUUUCUCUACUCCCUUAGAUCGAAUUUGAUUAUUUGCAUCCUAGUAAGUUUGUUAUUUUCUCUCUGUGAUCUCUCCAAAUGUUUCUGGGUUUGUGAGAUCAACAACAGUUAAUAAUCUGGGGUUUUUAGCUCUCUCUGUUUUUAAUUAUUGAAGAUAAUGAGAGAAGACGACUCGGACUGGUUCGCGAGAUGGGAAGAACAGUUACCAUCCCCAGAAGAGCUCAUGCCUUUAUCUCAAUCUCUUAUCUCACCCGAUCUAGCUCUAGCCUUCGAUAUACGAAGCCCUAGUCAUGGAAACGGAAACUCAAAUCAACCUCAUCAUCACCAAACCACACCUCCUACACCUUCUCAGCUUCAGCUUCCCUCUUCUCAAGCCAAUUCCUCAGCCGAAUUCGCUGCAGAUUCUGCAGAUCUAGGCUCUGGAGCUGCCGGAGACGAACCUGCCCGGACUUUGAAACGACCCCGUCUCGUUUGGACGCCGCAGCUGCAUAAGCGUUUCGUUGAUGCGGUCGCGCAUUUAGGGAUUAAGAACGCUGUUCCCAAAACCAUUAUGCAGCUUAUGAGUGUUGAUGGGCUAACCAGAGAAAACGUUGCGAGUCAUUUGCAAAAGUAUAGGCUUUAUCUUAAGAGAAUGCAGGGUUUGUCUUCUGGUGGUGGAGCUGGUUCAGAUCCGGCCACGGAUCGUCUCUUUGCUAGCUCUCCGGUGCCUGCUCAUUUUCUUCAUCCGAAUCGAGUUCCAAGCUCUGAUCAUUUCAUGCCGUCUUUUGUUCCAAUUGCUACUCUUCAACAGCAACAGCAAAUGGCUGCUGCUGCUGCUGCGGCGGCGGCUGCAGCUGCUAAUCCUCAUUUACAACCGCCUCAGUUCCACCACCGACAAAUCGCAUCCGCUCAUUUUGGCUCGCCUACGAAUGGGGGAUUCCACUCACCGACGAGUAAUGGGCAAUUUGGAUCGCCGACGAGUAAUGGGUUUGGAUCACCGACGAAUGGGAAGUUCGAUCCUUCGUUCUUGGCGAGGCAAACUCAGCAACAGCAGCAGCAACCAAUUCACAGAAUGUCAACACCAUCAUUGCAUAGUCCAGUUGGUAAUUACGCUGAGGAUUUGGAAUCUGCCAAUGCUAAUGGAGGGAGAACAGUCUUAACUUUAUUCCCAACUCGAGACGAUUAAAGUCGAAACCUUUUGGUUCAAAAUGUAUCUGCAGUCAUCAAGAACAUUGAUUUUGAGUCUGCUGAUCGUUCUUGGCAUUAUCCAGUGGCGUUACUCUGUGCAGUCUUAUCAGUUUAACAUGGAUACAAUCCGGCGUCACUGUGUGAUCAAGUUCUGUGUCUAAGUGUUCUGAAGUGGUCUUUUCAGGUCACAGCCUUGUUUUAACCCUUGUAGCUUUCUUCUUUAUGAUUCAUGUAAAGAUGAGUUCACUUUUGUACAUCCGUACGGUAUGGUACGGGCACACUCAAGGUUUAAAAUGAAUCGAUCUUGAAGGAAAAUCAAAAACUUACUUCACAAA